AUGAACCCUUUCGAGUUUACGACAGCCUCGCGAACGGUGUUUGAAAUCGAUGCGUUUGAAACGCGCGCGGUGAAGUUGAUCACAGAUUUAGCGAAGCAAGAAAACGCGACGAUCGAUUCGGAUGCGCAUCCCGGAAAAGUCCUAAUCGUGUGCGGGGAGUCGGAGAGAUUUUCAGCGCCUUUGAAGAAAAAGUUGAAAGAAGAAGCAAACGUUGAGUCGGUUGUCUUUCAUUGCCCGAAAGGCGAACCGACGGUACAGUCGGCGAUUGAUUGCACGAAAUUAGCGUCGGAGAGUAUGUGCGAACUCGUUGUCGCGGUAGGGGGUGGAACGGCGGUGGAUACCGGCAAGUGCGUGGCCGCGAUGUUGACCAACGGCGGCGCCGAGCGGGAUAUAUACGAUUUUCUCGAGGUGGUUGGAAAAGCGAUGCCGAUUGAAAAAAGACCGAGACCGUUCGUGGCGAUACCGACGACGGCUGGACCCGGAGCGGAGUUGACCAAGAAUAGCGUGCUCGAAGCUGGAGAUAGGAAAGUGAGCAUGCGUCAUCCGUUGAUGUUGCCGGAUUUGGUCAUCGUCGAUCCGAAAUUGACCGUGCAAAUGCCGAGGGACGUGACCGCGCACACCGGGUUGGACGCUCUGACGCAGUGCAUUGAACCGUACGUGUGUAAUUCUCCGAACCCAGUGACGGAUAGUUUGAGCAUGAGUGGUAUUAAAUUAGGCGCGAAGAGUUUACGAAGAUGUUUGGAACAGCCGGAGGAUAUAAACGCGAGGACGGAUAUGGCGUUAUGCGCCAUGUACGGAGGGAUGGCGUUGGCGAACGCCAAGUUAGGUGCGGUGCACGGAUUUAGCGGUACGCUGGGUGGUUUGCUACACGCGCCGCACGGGGCGAUUUGUGCGGCGUUGUUGCCACACUGCGUGAAAAUGAACGUGAAGUUGUUAGAGACGCGCGUGAUGGACGAGAAUCCGCAAAGUGCGAAAGAAGGUUUACGACGGUACGAAGAAGUAGCCAACGCGUGUUUAGGUAAAGACGACGCCACGGUCGCAGAAUUGGUAAAAUGGAUAGAAGAUUUAGUGUCAUUUUGCGGGGUGCCAAAGUUGAGCACGUUUGGCAUGAAAGACGAAGACGUCUCGGAGUCCGUCUCGAAGAGCAUGCAAAGUUCGAGCAUGAAGGGCAACCCGGUUGCUUUAACCGUCGAAGAGUUGGAAGAAAUGCUCAGGAAUGCUAUGUAA